AUGAAGCUGAUCACUGUGAUCAGCACGUUGUUGGCCAUCGCGAUACCCUCCAUCGGGGUCGCUGGUCAGCCUGGGCUCGCUCUCGGUUCCACGACUUACCCCAACCCCGGUAUUUGCACCGGCACUUGCGUUAAUACACACGACCCGUUCAUCGUCCGCCGCUCUGAUGGAGUUUACUUCCGCUUCUCCACCAGCGGGAGGGUAACCAUCCACACGGCCUCGGCCAUCACCGGACCCUGGACGUACCAGGGCGCGGCCUUGCCUGGGGGAUCGACCAUCGAUCUCGAGGGUAAUCAGGAUCUCUGGGCCCCCGACGUCAUCCAAGUCGACAACACCUACUACCUGUACUACUCCGUCAGCACCUUCGGGUCCCAAACCUCCGCCAUAGGGGUAGCCCAGUCGUCGACCUUGGACGCCGGCAGCUGGACGGACCUCGGAUCGACGGGGAUCGACUCCGACCCCGCCUCGGAGCCCUACAACGCCAUCGACGCCAACCUGAUCAGGGCGGCGGGCGGCCAGUACUACAUGACCUUUGGCAGCUACUGGGCCGGCAUCCACCAGGUCGCGAUGCGGAACCCGCCGACCCAAACGGCCCCCGGUAGCGUCCCCUAUCAGAUCGUUUCCGACCCCGUCAGCAGGAACGUGGAAGGGGCGACCCUCUUCCCGCGUAAUGGCUUCUAUUACCUUUUCUACUCCAAGGGGUUUUGCUGUCGCUACGACCAAGAACGGCCACCGCCUGGCGGGGAGUACAGGGUCCUCGUCUGCCGCUCGGAAUCCCCCGCGGGGAACUUUGUCGAUAGGAACGGCACUUCGUGUACGCAAGGCGGGGGGACCGUCGUGUUGGAGUCGCACGGGUUCGUGUACGGGCCCGGCGGGCAGGGCGUCUACCUCGACCCUCAAUUGGGGCCUGUCCUCUACUACCACUAUCUUGACACACGCAUUGGCUAUGCCGAUAGGCAGAAGCAGUUUGGCUGGAACAGAAUUGAUUUUUCUAGCGGCUGGCCUGUUCUGUACUGA